AUGGCCUCAUCAGUCCUGGAGAUGAUAAAGGAGGAGGUGACCUGUCCUAUCUGUCUGGAGCUCCUAAAGGAACCUAUGAGUGCUGACUGCAACCAUAGCUUCUGCCGAGCCUGCAUCACACUGAACUAUGAGUCCAACAGAAACACAGAAGGAGAGGGCAACUGCCCUGUGUGCCGAGUUCCUUAUCCAUUUGGGAAUCUGAGGCCUAAUCGACAUGUGGCCAACAUAGUAGAGAGGCUCCAGGAGUUCAAGUGCAUCCCAGAGGAGGAGCAGAAGGUGAAUAUCUGUGUACAACAUGGAGAGAAACUCCAGCUCUUCUGUAAGAAGGACAUGAUGGCCAUCUGCUGGCUUUGUGAGCGAUCUCAAGAGCACCAUGGUCACCAGACAGCUCUCAUUGAAGAGGUCAACCAUGAAUACAAGGAGAAGCUGCAGGCAGCUCUGCAGAAGCUGAUGAAAAAUGAGAAGAGAUGUGAUGAAUGGCAGAAUGACCUUCAACAGCAGAGAGCUGACUGGAAGAACCAAAUACAGAGGGAUAUAGAAAAUGUUCAGAUGGAGUUUAAAGGACUGAGAGACUUCCUGGACUCCAAGGAGAAUGAGGCACUUCAGGAGCUGAAUGAAGAGGAGGAGGAUGUUAUGGAAAAGCUGAAAGAGUCUGAAAAUGAGCUCGAGCAGCAGAGACAGUGGGUGAAAGAUCUCAUCUCAGAUGUGGAGCAUCAGUUGGAGCUCUCAACCAUGGAAAUGCUGCAGGGUGUAAAUUAUAUCCUGAGAAGGUGUCAGACCUUGAAACUGAAACAGCCCCAAACUGUCCCCCUAAAAAGGAGAAGAAGGUUUCAAGCCCCAGAUCUGAAAGGCUUGCUGCACGCGUAUCAAGGGCUCAUGGAUGUCCAGAAAUACUGGGUUGAUAUGACUCUACAGGCAAAGGACAAUGAAGUCAUUGUUGACAAAGAAAAACGACAAAUAGAAUAUCUGAGUUACUAUAAGAGGAAUCUUCAAAUUUCUGAGACCUACCAUUUGGGUGUCCUGGGAUAUCCAGCUAUUUCCUCAGGGAAGCAUUACUGGGAAGUAGACGUGUCUAAAAGUGAUGCCUGGCUCCUCGGAUUAAAUGAUGGGAAGUGUACUCAACCCCAACGUCACUCAAUGGGUGAAAUGACCUACAAAAUGCAAAAUAUUUCUAAUGUUAAACAACGUGAAAUGUAUCAGCCUAAAUGUGGCUACUGGAUUAUAGGGAAGAAGAAUACGUCUGUAUACAAUGCCUUUGAUGAAUGUUCUAUCACUCACAAUUCCAGUGUCUUGGCCCUCUCUCUGCCUGGUCCUCCCAGUCGUGUUGGAGUUUUCCUGGACCGGGAAGCUUGUACUCUCUCAUUUUAUGAUGUUUCUAACUGUAGAUCUCUCAUCUAUAGGUUCUAUGACCCUGCCUUCCCUCCUAAAGUCUAUCCAUAUUUUAAUCCUAUGGAAUGUUCAAAGCCAAUGACAGUGUGUGGGCCACCCUCUUAAACCCUCACCUAUAUCUCUGCAGUGCCUCCACGUCUGGUGUGUCUCAUGUGCCAGAGUUCUCCUGCAUCAUUUUAACUUCUUUUCUCUUGGGUCCUUUAUUUUAAUGACCUUCACUUCUAACUACAAACCGGUGUGGAUUCAUUUCCUCCAUCUAGUUGUUGGUCUGCUGACAAGAUGAUUACUGUCAUUUGUCAUUUCCAUAUUCCCAAAGACAUUGACUGUUUCCUCAAUAAUUGAAAAAGAGCCUCUCCUAACACCAUAUCUGUAAGAACACAGUCAAAAAAUGACUCAUGGAGAACAAUGGCUUAGGUACCUGUAACAGAGGCCCCAGAAAAAAGGCAGAGGGCCUUUUACUUUGAAGUACAUUCUGUUCCCUGGAUUGCUUUAAAUGUGAUUUUGUGCUUCCUACAAAUAGAACAUAUGCAUCCAAGUGGAAGAUAUGUUUAUCUUGUUAGAUGUCAGGACAUAGCUAUAGAACCCAUUCCUGUGAAAAGAUAUACUAAGUGCUGGUUUCAAUGUACACUGAUUAUAAAUAUGGGCUUAUGCCUUGAUUUCAUGCUUUGCAAGAUAUAAUCUAAAGUAUAGUUCCAGACAACUGUGCUUAUAUGGUCUGCCUUGAGACAGUUGUAGAAAAGGUUUGCUCUGUGAAUAUUUAGUGUGUUCUUACUGGUAUUUAUUUACAUGCCUUUCUGAUUUUGUUUUCUGAACUCAAACAACCUUCCUGCUUUCUUUUGUACAUUCAUAUUUAAAAGCACAGUGAAACUGAAGUGACAUUGUCUGCAACAUUAGGCUGUUGUCCUCCGUUCUUUAAGGUCUUCAAACCCAGUCUUACAGACAGAACUACCUAGGCCCACACUGGGAGACAGACCUUCCUUUUUUGUGGUACCAGAGCUAGAAGCCAGAGCUUCGUUUAUGCUUACGAGUUGCUCUACCACUGAAUUACUUGCCUCAGCUCACUCAUGACUCCACAAACUUAUUCUUUUUGUCACUGACAAAAAUGAAAGAAAGUUCUUUUUCCAGCUUGUCUAGAAGUUUAGAAAAUUAUAUAUGGGAGUCUCUCUCUCUAAGGAAUGUGCCUUAGCAGGUCAGUUUAACCACAAUGCUUGUGUUUCAUCAAAGAGUUCAGAAAAAAACUCGUGAAAUGACACCUACUAACACCAUGUGUCUAGUGUUUCCAGGUUCUAAUCUUCCUCUCCACAUAGCAGUGCAACCAUGAAUAAGAUCCACUCAAGCCUAUGUUUGUUUGAUUUUUUUUCUAUUGUUUAAUUUUUCUGUUUUAUUUUUCAGUUUUGGUAUAAAUGGUGCAUCUAUAUUGCAGAUCAUUGUAGGAAAAUAAAUUUGAAAUCUUUAGAAGGCUCUGAGGGUAAAAGCCCUUUCCUCUAUGAGUGAUGAACUAAGCUCAUUUACUCAGACCAUCUUGGCUGAAGGAGGCAGCCAGUUCUGACAGAUGAUCUUCUCACUCCACAGAUAUGCUACUGAACACCUAGGCUGAAACACAUACACAAAUUAAAAGGGAUUAUAUAAUUUUUGGUAAGAGAAGAUCAAUACUUAUAAUGCAUCCACUGCACAUUCAGUAGGUGGUGAUUGUGUUAAUUAAUGGGUAGAUGUGCUAUCUUGAUGUUCUAUGUAACACUGUGUGACUGGGGAACGUAAGAUAUAGCGCUUCUCAUGUCUUGAUGUUAGGUCCUGGGAACUGCCACUAAGACUACUCUUAAUAUGUUGUAGAUAUCUAUGAAAUUUUUGUUUGUUUUCACCCAUAUUUUUUGAGAGGAUAUUUGAUUAGAAUAUUCAUUAUCAAGUAAGUCAAAUUCUAUAAUUUUCCAUUUUACAAUGAAUGAUAAAAAUGACAAUGAUACCCAUAAGUAUACCUUCUGUUAUGUUGUCAAAUAUAAACAAUAGAAUAUUUCAAGAAAGUCAUAUUGCUUCUAAUAUGUAAAAGGUAUCCAAUAUGGUGUCUGUUAACUUUUUCUCCCCUUUGAUCUGAACAUAAUAAAGUACCAUUAGAAUGACAAA